AUGACUUCCACUGAUGCACAGAAAGAUACAAGCGCCGUUGGGAUCGCAACGACAGCGCUAUACUCUAUUCUCCUGCCCAUCUCCGAUGAAACUGGCAUUCCACUCUCUACUCUAAAUGCGGGCACAGGCUAUACAUUCCUUUUCCUCGGUUGGGGUGGGCUAAUCAACCAACCUCUCGCAAUGACGUUCGGCAAGCGCGGCAUAUAUCUCAUCUCAAUGGUCGGCAGUAUCGGCAUGUGUUUGUGGGUGCCAUAUAUAAGGACCGACGGGCAAUGGAUCGCGAGCAAGAUCAUCCAGGGGUUCUUCUGCAACCCCGUAGAGUCUUUAUGUGAAGUAUCGAUUGGAGAUGUUUUCUUCGCGCACGAGCGAGGAACGUACAUCGGCAUCUAUACGCUCUUCCUCUUCGGCUCGAAUUUCUUCACACCCCUUAUCUCUGGAUUCAUCUAUGAUGGGCAGGGCUGGUCCUGGGUCAUGUACUGGUGUGCGAUCAUCAACUUCGGCUCACUGGUCAUUAUGUUCUUCUUCCUCGAGGAGAGCAACUACAAUCGCAAGACUAUUGAGUCCGCGAUUGUCGAAGAGGAAAAAAUCAAGUACGCGGACGACGGCAGCAGCGCGCGGCUCAACAACCUCGUCGGCGUCCCGCGCAGUUUCGUCUCGCGACUUGCGGUCUUUAACAGGCGUUUCUACGACAACAAGAUGCUCGUCCGUAUGAUGUACCGCCCACUCCUCCUCCUGCGCUUCCCCAUCAUCUUCUGGCAUUACGGUGGCUCUCUCAUAUGGUACAACGUGAUGAACGCGACCGCCUCGCUCAUUCUCAGCGGUGCGCCGUACAACUUCAAAGCGAGCUCUGUUGGGCUGAGUUACAUCGCCCCCAUGAUCGGUAUCUCCAUCGGGUGCGCUCCAUUCCUUGUCUCAUUCUCCCCUGCUCAUGCCAACUCUGCACACGAGCAGUCUCCGCAGAUUGUCCCUCACUCUAAGCUUAAGCUGAAUUGGGCGUCUAGCUCGAAUUUCUUUGCACCCCUUAUCUCUGGAUUCAUCUAUGACGGCCAGGGCUGGUCCUGGGUCAUGUACUGGUGUGCGAUCAUCAACUUCGGCUCGCUGGCCAUUCUGUUCUUCUUCCUCGAGGAGAGCAAUUACACUCGCGAGACUAUUGAGUCCGCGAUUGUCGAGGAGGAGAAAAUCAAGUACGCGGACGACAGCAGCAGCACGCGGCUCAACAACCUCGUCGGCGUCCCGAGCAGUUUCGUCUCGCGACUUGCGGUCUUUAGCAGGCGUUUCUACGACAACAAGAUGCUCGUCCGUAUGAUGUACCGCCCACUCCUCCUCCUGCGCUUCCCCAUCAUCUUCUGGCAUGUCACUACACAUUCCCGUCCAGAUUGGAGCAUUGUGCUGACGAGAGGUUUAACAGGGCGGGAUUCCAGUAUGGUAGCUGUCUCGUGUGGUACAACGUCAUGA